AUGGCCAAGUUCUUAAAAGAGAUGUGCACUGUCAAGAGAGAAGCGAGUGUCCAUAUAAAGGCAUUUUUGACCCAACAAGUUAGUUCCAUAAUCUCACAAAAGUACCCAGUCAAAUUUAAAGAUCCUGGUUGUCCUACUUUCACAUGUGUUAUAGGUAGCCAAAAGAGAGAAAAUGCUCUUUUAGAUCUUGGGGCUAGUGUGAAUAUUUUACCGUUCUCGGUAUAUGAACAACUUGGACUAGGUGAGAUGAAACCAACUAGGAUAACACUACAGUUAACCGAUAGGACAGUCAAAAUCCCACGUGGAAUUAUUAAAGACGUUUUGGUUCAGGUAGAAAACUUUAUCUAUCCAGUUGACUUUGUGAUUUUAGACACUCAACCUGUCUCUAGUCAAGAUAUCAAUAUCCCAAUCAUCCUAGGUCGUCCAUUUCUAGCAACUGCAAAUGCAGUCAUACAUUGUCAAACUGGUCUAGUAGAAUUUUCAUUUGGGAAUCAGAAAAUCUCUGUGAACGUUUCUAAGGCGUUACAAGCCCCACCUGACCCCGAACACUAUGAGUCUAUAUGCAUGAUUGAUUCUCUAGUUGAGAAUACCUUUACCACCAAUAGUGUUAGCGAUCCUUUAGAGGCAUGCUUGGCCCACUUUGGAGCCUACUAUGAUGAGGAUAGUCAUUUUGAAAAAAUUAAUGCGUUGUUAGAUUCUGCGCCAGUAAUGAAUUAUGGAAAAUGGCAGCGUAAACCAGAACCUCUUCCGCCAACCAUAGAUAAACCCCUCCCAUCAUCAGUUAAGGCACCCACCCUUGAAUUAAAGCCGCUACCAGAUACACUGAAAUAUGUAUUUCUUGGUAAUGAGAAUACUCUUCCUGCCAUAAUUGCCUCUGACUUAGAGCCCUAUCAGGAAAGUAGACUAGAUAGUGUUCUCCGAGAGCACAAGACUGCAAUAGGGUGGACUAUAGCAGAGUAG